GCCUGAGGCUGGGUUUUGUCUGUACUUCAGAAAAUCUGUUGGUUGGUGCGAGAGCAGUUGGACUCUGUUGUUUCCCAUAUACUUGACCUUUUCCCUGACCUGUUAGAUCUGGAGAUACAUUGUGUGGGUCUGAGAUUGCCCACAAGAUAAAGUGGUUGAAAUUGAGCAGAACACCAUGGGCAGCCACAUGGAUGAGGACAUUCUUGAAAAGGAUUUCAGGAUGUUAACAUCUCUAGGUUGUGGUUCCUUCGGAGAGGUGAAGCUGGCCUGCCACCUUCCCACACAUACACGAGUGGCUGUCAAGGUCCUUGAGAAAAACACCAACAGUGUGGCUGACAUCAGUACUGAAGUGAACAUCCUUCAGUCUUUAGAACACAGGAACAUCGUUCGAUUUUUUGACAUGAUUGAUACACUGUCAACCACUUAUCUGAUUAUGGAGUAUGUGGCAGGAGAAGAUCUGGAGAGCUGCCUCCAGGCACUGGGCUGUCUAAAGGAGGAGGAGGCUAGAGUGAUUUUCCGGCAGGUGGUGUCAGCGGUUCACUUCCUCCAUCAGAGCCACAUCGCACACCGUGAUAUCAAAUUAGAAAACAUCCUAGUCGAUGCAGCAGGAAAUGCAAAACUUUGUGACUUUGGUAUGGCAAUUAAAAUCACAGAGGGGCAGAUGUUGGAGGAUAUCUGUGGCUCCUUGCUCUAUUGGGCCCCAGAGAUCUUGGCCAGAAAGCCCUAUGAUGGACUGGCAGGUGAUAUGUGGAGCUUGGGUAUCGUCCUGUAUGUCCUGGUCACAGGGCACUUCCCAUACAUGGAAGAAACCCUUGAAGGUAUGCACAGGGUCAUCACCACCACAAUGUGUCCCAUUCCCUACCAUCUGUCAAAACCCUGUUAUUUCAUCAUUGCCCGACUACUCAUGGUCCCUAUCUGCUACCGAUUCACAAUCUGUCAGCUUGUGAAAACAGCAUGGCUGGGCCCAAUUCAAGAACAUGUACUGCCUGCCACCAAAGAAAUCCUGCCCAGGGUCGUGGAGACCAUGUGCACCAUCGGCUAUACAUGUGAGGAGAUUGUUUCAUCCUUAACUCACAGGCAAGGAGAUAAUCAUGUAACAGCUACUUGCAACAUUCUCAAAUAUCAGCUGAGUGGUGGGGACAGCCAUCAAUGA